AGAGCAUCAGGAUGGGGUCGCAGCUCUACAUAAAGACGUCUUCUCUUCCACCUCAGUCUCGCUCACCAGUUCGACCAACCAGAUUCCUCUAUUGCUUCAAUCCUUUACUUUCUUUCACACUCAUCGCGAAGAUGCUUUUCGAUUCGGUCUUCAAACCCAACGGGACCAAUGGAGUCGCCAACGGCACCAAAGGCCAUACGAAGGACGACGUAUCUUCGAACGGUGACAGUAGCAGCAGUGGCACUGCGACCCCCAUUCAUACGGAUAGCCUCACCAUCCGUCAACCCCUACCUGAAAUGAUCAAGCCAACUAUGACGCGAGUAUACGAGUCGACCCAGGAGACGUAUAUUCUCAAAGACACCACGACGUUGAUCACCGUCCGGUGCAAGAAGGAGUUUCCCUCGAAGGUAGACGACAUCUUGACGGGAGUGCCCACCUGCCAUGCAUUCCUGGAUUUCAUCGCCACCGAGAGAUUGAGGAGCAUGCCACACAAGGGAAGCAAGUGGGAUAAGGUCUUGAAGUGGGCCGAGGGCUACAGCCGAAAGGUCGAUGCGUACUCGCAUGCUAUCAGUGGCUUCGCCCCUCAUAGCUGGGAAUCGGCAAGGCUUGUUUGGGGAUGCUGUCGGUGGCUUUUGCGGAUGGGCCCGGAAUACGUCGAGAUGCUUGAAAAGAUCUUCGGUGUCAUGUGCCAGAUCGGACAGACCCUCGACUUCUUCCUGAAGAAUAAGCGCCUUUUCUGUGCCUCCGUGGAGAUUCAGGACAUCCUUGCUCUGGCAUACUCCGAUCUCAUCCGAUUCACGGUCGAGACCACCAUUCAUUACAAGAAGACCACGAGCAUCUGUCUCGCAGACUUCGAUAUCCUGUUCGGCCGUGUUGUUGAUUCCUUCUUCCACCGCAAGGAGUGUUUCACCAGCGAAUCGUGGGCCUGCAGUUUAAGAGAAGAAUCCCUUACUACCACAUCCACCACCACCAUUCACAUCAUCCGGCAAUGGCUCUCGGUCCAGGAUAGAACCUUAGAUAUCUGUCUUUCCAACCGCAUGGGGACGCGUACCGCCAGAUACGAAUUUACCUGCGAGUGGUUUGAGAGCCACAUGCGGGAGUUCCAACGUGAUAGGACCGAUGUGCUAUGGGUGUGUGGAAAGUCCGGCUCGGGAAAGAGUGUACUCUCUGGUUGGAUCCUGGAGAGACUGCGGAGAACCCAAGGUACCCGCAAUGGCUAUGACGUUAUCUCCUAUGCCGUUGAUGCCAAUCUUAAGAGCGAAAGGUCGUCGUUCAGCAUCGUGAGGUCGCUGCUCCUGCAACUCCUUGAGAGGAACGUUGGAGACUUGUCGGUCUACAAGAUCCUUUCGGCACUCUAUGAGCGUGCGGAGCGCAGUGGAGUAACCGACAACCUUGAAGCCGCUCUGUGGAAGGCUUUCGACUCCGCUCUGGGACGAAGCGAGUGCAAGUUGAUGAUUGUCAUUGACGGUCUCGAUCAUCUGGAUGGCGGCGAGCCUGUGAUCUGGGAGCUUUGCGAAAGACUGCGCUGCACAGCAUCUAAGUACAGCUACGUCAAGUGCUUGCUCCUCUCCCGGCCGUUGAGCAAACCAUGCCCGUCCACCAUCAAGGAGUUCGUCAUCGAGGCAACCUGCAACACUGCCGACAUCAAGCGGUUUGUCGACAUAACCAUCAAUUCUUGCAUCGAGUUCAAGACCCUCAAGGUUGAAGAACGCCGCAAAGUUGUCGAGACGAUCACGCAAACUUCGUCCGGCACGUUCGUAUGGGCCGAAUAUUCCCUCCAACUGCUUCGGAUGGAGAAAACGGUGGCCAAUAUGAUGAAGUGCCUCGACACCCUCUCGACCAUGAAGACCCUGGAUGAUAUUCUUCACAAGCUCAUUCUCAAGCUCGACCUCAAACAGUCGGAUACCAAACUUUUGAUAUGCCUACUUCUCGCUGCCGAGAGGCCGCUCACCGUUCAGGAGCUCGGGUGCCUGUUCGAGAUCGACGUCACCAACUGCAGCCGCUCCGCCCGCCUUACCAAGAUCGAGGAUGAUAUCCGUAUCGCCUGUGGCUCUCUAGUCACCAUCCGCGAUGGGCUCGUGUGCUUUUCGCACGUCUCCGUCAAGGACUACCUCAUGGAGCUUUGUCUCUCGGACGAUGACUUCCCAUUGAGUAUCGAGGAAGCUCACACGGAACUCACCAUCCGGAGUUUGGGGUACAUGAAGAUUUCUCUGAAGGGCAUGGACCACGAGCCCACGCUUGAAUGCGGUUGGGAUGGCUCCGAAGAGGUCCUGCAGAAACAUCAGUUCCUCGAAUACGCCGCGCGCCACUACGUCAUCCACUUCAAGCAAUCCACCAUGUACAACUCCAAAGGAAGCCACAGCUGCUCGGCAACUUUCAAAGCCUGCUUUCCUAACUCCUCUUUCCUCGCGUUCAUCGAAGGCAGCUGGUGGGAGACGCAAACCUGUGCCAGUGAAGCUGCAGAACUGCACCAUCUUGCCCUGCAGCUCCGGAAGAUCGCGCUGGGCGAGAAGUGCGUCUCGGUUGUCCAGUGCUACAUCAACCUGGCCAGAACACAACAGAACCUUUCGAGUUAUGUUUUUGCCAGCGAGAGUUACUACGAGACGUGGAAGAUCGUUUGCAAGGUCUUGGGUGAGACCCAUGCGAUUACUCGCGCCUGUGCCAAAGCUGUUAUCACUUGCACGGAGUUGGUCACUACCACCACUGCGACGGUCACUCGCACCGAGACUAUCAUCAAGCGCAAGGAGACCAUAUACAAGUAUAUGUACACCCACUGCGAGACCAGCGAGGAGAAGAUCACCUAUGCCAAGGUGCUCGCAGAGCUUUACAUCCAGCUCAAGAGGACGGAAGAGGCUCUCACGAUCUACCACGAGAUACGGAAGGUGUGCAUCGAAGUCUAUGGCGAGCUUCACGAGGAGACGACCACCAUGACCAGAUGUCUCACUAAAGUCCUCGAAGUUCUCGAGAAGCAUGAGGAGUGCAUCACCAUCACCCGCAAGCUUUUGGAGACCUGCGAGAAGACCACCGAGGUGUGGGAGGAAAAGCGCAUCACCACCACCAUCACCAUGGUCGAAGUCUACGAGAAGCAGAAGGAGAUCAAGAAGGCUGAAGAGCUUUUGAUCAGUCUUUGCCGAAGCAUCACCGAGGUCUGCAGAACCAGCCACGAGGAACAUUACCAUGAGGCAAAAAUCAAGAUCACGCUCGAGUAUGUCCGGUUCUUGGAGCGCUGCUCCAGAGACAAGGAGGCCGAGAAGAUCUUGAUCGAGUUGUGGAACGAGUUCAAAGGCCAGCUGAACGAGAAUGACUGCAACCAUGGCCAUGGCUUGCUCAUCCAGAUCCGGAUCAUCGGCGACGAGUUGAAGAAGUGGAAGAUUGUGGCGGUCGCCGAGUCCGUGUUCUCUUCUCUGUGGGGAUUCUACAAGAGAACGAGCAGAACCACAAGUAAGGAGGCCACCUCUAUCGCGAUCAAGCUUUCCGAGGUUCUCAACAUCAAGCAAGAAACCCAUAGCGAGGAGACCAUCUUGAAAGAAAUUUUCAAGACCACCUCCACCAAGACCACGGUUGACAUCACCGUCAUUAAGACGUGUACGAAACUCAGCGCUUUCUACGAGCGAGAGGAGCGGUGGGCGGAGGCCAUUAGUGUCUGCACCAAGUCCCUGGUCAAGAUCUGGUCAUCCCUCAUCAGUUUCAUCGAGAGCAGGUCGGGCAUCUGCGCUCUGCCGGCGGAGUAUUUCGAGGAGGCGAUCAUGAUUGCACGGCGCCUCGCCAUCUGCUAUUUCAAAGCUGGCCACAUUCACAAUGCUGAGAGCGUCUACAUCUACAUCUUCAGCGCCUGCAGGUCUUCUCUGCAGGUCCACGACGAGUACAUCCUUUCUACGGCGGAGUUUCUGGUCACCUUUUACGAGUCGAUAGGCAAGAUUGAUCAGGCCCUCAAGAUGUACCAAGAGCUGUAUGAGGAGUACCAGGAAGUCCUUGGGUGCUCCCACACGCUCACGGUCAAGAUCACCUACAAGCUUGCGCACUUCUGCACGCAGCAUCAGCCCCGAAAGGCCGAGCAAUAUUACUUGGUCAUUGUCACUUCCCUCGGUCACCGUACAGAGAUUCUCGAGACGACAUCCAUCGAAGCCGUUCUCGUUCUCUGCCGGAUCUACGAGACCGACAAGAAGUACAGCGAUGCGCUCAAGUACUACCGCAAGCUCUGGCUGACCUUCUGCCGCCGCGGAGAAGACUGCGGGAUGAGCACCGAGACCGUGCUGAACAUCUACCAGAAAUACGUAUACAUUCUGGAGCGGGAGUCCCAGUUCUCGAUCAUCUACGAUGUCACCAUCCAGUUCCGCGAGGCGUGCAUCAAGCACUACGGAAAGCACCACCACAUCAGCGUUCUCGCCACGAUCGAGCUUGCGCGUGUCCUCGAGCGCGAGGAGUCGAAGCACCAGGAGGCCAUCGUCAUCUACGAGGAGGUCCGCAAGAUCAUCUCCGAACACAGUGAGCUUAGGAUCAUCAUGCAGGCCACCAUAGUUGAGGUCCGCAAGCGGCUUGCACAGCUCUACGCUGUCCACACUUCGUCCAGCUCCAAGGCGGAGGUGAUCUACAUUGAGUCCUGGGAGGAGUAUAAGUGCAAGCAUGGGUGCUCACACGAGGAGAGUCUAUCGCGCCUCUACGAACUGAUCAUGUUCUUCAAGAAGCAGAGCACCAAGGAGUGCACGCAUACGGCCACUAUCACCCUCCAAACCACCAUCAUUGAGAUCAUCACUAAGGAGAAGGACACGCAGCGGUUGUUUUUCGCCGCUGGAUCGAUCGCAAAACUCUACCUGGCAUUGGGCCUCAAAGAACUCGCGUUCGAGCUCCUCCAGGAACUCAGCCUGCAGCUCAACUCGGUCGAGGUCAGGACUUCGAAGAAGUUCGGGUUCUCGCUCCGCACUGGACACACGCUGGAUCGGAGGUCUUUCCUCUUCGUCGUUGCAUUCGAGGAAACGCUGAGGGGCAACUGCUCGGCCAAUCUCUACGCCGAACUGAUGACCGACCUCGUCACCGAGACGACACUGUACGAGAGCUGGAUGCGGACGCUGAAAUACGGCGGAUCAUUCGAGUCCUCGCUCAGCGUUGGAGCUCGGCUGCGGCUUUUCCUUGUCAGCAAGCACCGAGAGGAAGAAUGCAACCGGAUCACCGAGGAGCUUUGGGAGCUUUUCCAGGGCGGAGUUGGCAAGCAGGCGAAGAAGUCCGGCAUCAUCUGGGAGCUGUUCCUCAUCUGCGUCAGGGAGAUGGGAGUCGAAGAGCACGACCUUACGGUCCUCGAGACCGCUGCCACCACAGUGGUCACCCACUACGAGAAGGGCGACUUCGCGGGAUCCCACGAGCUCGCCACUUGGACUUACCAGUACGUCAAGGUUCAUGGCGGCUUCAUCGAGCAGCGGAACCUCGCCGUUGGCUUCAAGAUCUCCCUGUGUAUGGCUGGGAAGGGCUCGCCGCCGUGGAAACGCUGCCAGGAUGAAAAGCUGAAGGUGAUGAUGAUGGAGCUUUCGCGCACCGUGUUGGCCGAGGUCCUCAAGGCCAGCGAGUCGGAGCAUAUGUCGUUCAGCAAGAUGCGCAUUGAGGAGGUAAACCUGAUCGUUGGACUCCUCGGCGAGCAGCAGAACUUCAAAGAUCUCGAGCGUAUUCUCCGCGACCUCUGGGAAGCACGCCAACACCGCGCCUCAUGGAGCGCAGACGUAAUCGUGUCGAUCGGCCACCGACUAUGCGAAGUCCUCUUCGCCUCGGGCAAGCGUUCCGAAGCGAUCGAUCUCUGCAACGACAUCCGGUACAACGUGAAGCGAGUCUGGGGGGCCGUUGACGCCAGCACAGUUCUCAGCUACAACCUUCUGUCAGGGAUGUACACUGCAUCGGGCUCGUACGACAAGGCGAUGGAGCUGCACGUGGAGCUGUUACGGGAGACGCUCGCGCCCGAGAACGAAGACGAGCUUGUCGACGUCGCCUCCGGCGUCAUUUUACAGCAGAUGAAGCUGCUGAAGCGCAGCUAUCAGAGGCUGGGUAGAUGGAUUGAUAGUCCCGAGGAGUACAGGAAGCUCUGGGACGGCUUCGAGGAGCUGUUCGAUCAUACCGAUGACCUGUGGAAGGGAAUCGACCAUAUCAAGACGUGGUCGCCGAAGCCCACCGGCGUAAAGGUCCAUGAGGGCAUUGGAAUGUGGAAGGCGCCCGGGAAUUGGUGCUUCCUUCCGAACGAGGAUGAGAAGAAGAGUAGGGCCAGACAUGCGUGUCAUCUGAGGAGUGAGGAUGAUGAUUAGCCGGUUUGAGGGGGCGCUGCUUUAAUGGGUUCUGUUCGCGGGUUAUCUUGGAUUGUACUUUUGUUACAGCGUUGCUUUUUGCGUGGGAUCUUUCUUCUCGGUUUUGGAAUAGGGUACUGGGUGGGUGGGUGGCUGGCUUAUGUUUGAUGUUUUUGUAUUUGGGUCUCGUAUUUUAUGUAGC